AUGGGAACACGAGGUUAUCCUUCUUGUGGAGUUCGCCCAGUUCCCUCUAUUUCCUCCCGCAUCGUGGGAGGACGCGAGGCUCGCCCCAACUCCUGGCCGUGGCAAGUCGAUCUUCUGGUCAAUGGUACUGCUCACUACUGCGGAGGCUCUCUGAUUGAUCCGUCCUGGAUUGUGACGUCAGCGCAUUGUUUUUAUUUAUAUACCCAACCGGAGCAGUGGCAAGUCAGGGUUGGAGAACACAACGAGACAAAAUUCGAAGGUUACGAAGAAAUGAUCAAUAUUGAUACGAUAACAAUUCAUCCCGGAUUUAUACUGGGCAGCGCCGAAGACACUGGCGAUUACGAUAUUGCGAUCAUCAAACUCAAGCGGCCAGCGGUGUUCCACAAACUGGUGCACUCUAUCUGUCUGCCUGAAAUGGAAACUCGUUUUGCAACCGGUAAAACCUGUUUUGCCACCGGAUGGGGAAAGCAAGACGAAAAUGCGGCUGAGUACUCUGACGUUCUUCGCGAAGUGGAGGUGGACCUGGUAUCUAAAGAAGUCUGUAACAGCAAUAUUUCCUACAAUGGCCUGCUAAACGAGCGAUAUUUUUGCGCCGGGUUUCAAGCUGGCGACAAAGACGCGUGCAGUGGUGAUAGCGGAGGACCGCUGGCUUGCCAGAUUGAGAAUGGAAGUUUCGUUUUGACGGGUGUGGUUAGCUGGGGAGAAGGAUGCGCUCGAGCUAAUAAAUAUGGCGUGUAUUUAGAUGUACGGUUCAUGUUGCCAUUCAUUGAGAGCACAAUAGACGGUACGUUUCGUACUAAUUAGAACAUAAUACCUUCAUUUAGCUGAACCGAUCUCAAAACACCUGAAUUAUGAACAGUUCGUCCAAUCUUAAUCUCAAGUACUUUGUAUAAAAUUCUGUUGUGGCGUAUAAUUCCACUCAAUAGUUAAUUAUUUUAAGAGUGUAUGUGCACUGUAAUGGCAAACAUCUUAAGACUCUUAAGACAUAGUUGAAGACGUUCGUA